AUGGUCCCAAAUGAAGAACAGCAGUACAGGGGGGUUGUGCAAUUGCUUCAGCAUUUUGGAUGGACGUGGGUCGGGGUCUUUGCUGUGGAUGAUGACACUGGAGAAUGUUUUUUGCAAGCCCUGGAGUCAUUAUUUUCCCAGUAUGGUAUCUGUUGGGCGUUCACAGAAAGAAUCCCAAACCAAUUUGAUUGGGAUACCGUGGAUGACCUUAUUAAAUAUACAUUAGAUAUUUAUCUGCCUUUCAGAGAUAGCAAUGUAAGUACAUUUAUCUUCUAUGGAGAAUCAAGGACAAUAAUAUCUUUGAAUGAGGCUAUGUUUCUAGUAGAUCCUGGCUAUAAAGAAAAAUUAUCACUGAGAAAGGUGUGGAUUAUGACAGCCCAAGUUGAUUUUGCUUUAACGGGCGUUCUGCAAUACUGGGAUUUUCAGUUCUUCCAAGGUGCAAUUUCCUUCACAAUUCACUCAAAGGAGCUUUUAGGGUUCCACAACUUUCUUAAGAAAAUUAAACCAUCCAGAGUAAAAAGAAAUGGUUUUCUCAAGGAGUUUUGGAAACAAGCGUUUUCCUGCUCAUUUCCAGAUUUCCAGGAUCCAGAGACGGAGGAUGUGUUAUGUACUGGAGAAGAGAGCCUAGAAAAUCUUCCAGGUCAUAUUUUCGAAAUGCACAUGACUGGACAUAGCUACAGUAUCUACAACGCUGUCUAUGCCAUAGCACAUGCUUUGCAUGCCAUGUACACAUCUAUGUCCAAUCACAAGGAAAUAUCAUGGGGCAAAAGAUUUGAAUUUCAAGAUUUCCAGCCUUGGCAGCUCCACACAUUUCUUCAAGGCUUUUCAUUUAACAACUCAGCAGGUGAAACUGUGUCUAUUAAUGAUCAGAGGGAAAUGGGGGAUGGAUUUGAUAUCAUGAACCUGGUCACUUACCCAAACAAGACUUUUGUAAGAGUGAAAGUUGGAAGUGUGAAUUCCAGUGCUCCAGAAGGACGAACAUUCAUUCUCUAUGAAGACAGAAUUGUGUGGCAAACAAGUUUUAACCAGGGGCGGCCCAUUUCUGUGUGCAAUGACUACUGCCGCCCUGGUUUUCAGAAGAAAAAGAAGGAAGGGGAGAAGUUUUGUUGCUAUGAUUGUGCUCGUUGUCCAGAAGGGAAGAUUUCAGAUCAACAAGACAUGGUUGAUUGUAUCAAAUGCCCAGAAGACCAGUAUUCAAGCGAGCACAAAGAUGGAUGCAUUCACAAAGUUAUAACCUUCUUGUCAAUUGAAGAACCUUUAGGGAUCAGUUUAGCCUUCCUUGCAGUUUCUCUUUCCCUUCUCACAGCCUUAGUGCUAGGAGUUUUUAUUAAGAACCAAGAUACCCCCAUCGUCAAAGCCAACAAUCGGGGUAUCACCUACACUCUCCUUGUCUCGCUUCUGCUCUGUUUCCUUUGUUCUUUGCUAUUUCUUGGAAAACCAACCAAAAUGACCUGCUUGCUCCGACAGUCGACUUUUGGCAUCAUCUUCUCAGUGGCUGUUUCUUGUGUCUUGGCCAAAACCAUCACGGUGCUUCUAGCUUUUAUGGCCACCCAACCAGGAUCCAACAUGAGGAAGUGGGUGGGGAAAAGAAUCACCAACUCUGUUGUCCUUUUCUGCUCCCUUAUGCAAGCUGGCCUCUGUAUGGUGUGGCUAGGAACCUCUCCCCCCUUCCCAGAUUUAGACAUGCACUCCCUGAGUAGAGAGAUUGUAGCAGAAUGUAAUGAAGGGUCAGCCGUCAUGUUUUACAUUGUUCUGGGCUACUUGGGACUUCUGUCCCUCAUCACCUUGACUGUGGCUUUCCUAGCCAGGAAGCUGCCAGACAGCUUCAACGAAGCCAAGUUCAUCACCUUCAGCAUGCUGAUCUUUUGCAGUGUUUGGUUGUCUUUUGUUCCUACGUAUUUGAGCACCAAAGGGAAAUACAUGGUAGCCGUGGAGAUCUUCUCUAUUUUGGCCUCCAGUGCUGCACUACUGGCUUGGAUCUUUCCUGUAAAGUGCUACAUCAUUCUUCUGAGACCUGAGCUGAACAAGUGGGAGCUGAUAAUAAGGAGAAAGAAUUAUAAGCUUUAA